AUGGCUUCGGCGGCGACUGCCUCUCGUCCGUCUGGCUCUCCAGCGCCCACCGCUGCCAAUGGCAACUCCAGUAAGGAUGCUGCCAGCGCCGCAACCGCAGCCAUGGCUCAACCCAUUGCCGAACCUUGGGAUGGUCUCGAUACCCGCAUUCUCACCGACUUGGCUCGUCGAGGACUUAUGUCCACCCUCGACACCAUCAACGAAGCAAAAACCCUCAUGCUCGAUCCAUCCCUAGCUGGACCCCUUGGCCUUGUCGCCGACGUUUCCAGCCUCAAACAACACGGCGUUGAAAAGAUGUUCUGGCUCGAACCAGCCUCCCCCGCUUUUGUUUCCAACACAGACACAGCUCACUCCCAAGCACAAACUAAAGCAGGCCUGAAAAGCGUCAACGCUCCCACCAAAUCGGUCGUCUACAUUUGCCGACCCGAAAUCAAGUGGAUGAAAGCUAUUGCUGAGCAUCUCCGAGCGGAUCGAAGUGUAAGACCCACUUCGCCAUUGCAGCACACCUAUACGAUCUCGUUCGUCCCGCACAGAACUGAGCCAUGUUUGCAGUUCCUCGACCAGGAAGCGGCUCUCUCAGAUGUCUCGCUUCUCGAUUUCGGUCUCGAGUUCAUUGCUCUCGACGACGACCUGAUCAGUCUGGAAGACGAUUCAGCGUGGAAGAAGAUCUAUUGCGACGGUGAUCAUACCCCUAUCUUUCGUUCAGCACAAUCGCUCAUGACGCUUCAACACGCAUGUGGACUCUUCCCGCGCAUUUUGGGCAAAGGAGCUCUCGCACGUCGCUUGGCAGAUCUCUUGAUCAGACAACGACGAGAGCAUCUUGCUUCAGAUCCAUCCAGUCCAGCUCUCACCACACCAAGUCAAAGCAUCGAUAGCUUGAUCAUCAUAGAUCGGGCUGUGGACUAUGCUACUCCUCUAUGCACCCAGCUCACGUAUGAAGGGUUGGUGGAUGAAGUGGUGGGAAUCAGUAACGGUCAUGUGGAAGUCGAUCCUUCGCUUCUAACCGGUGGACAGCCUCAAACGCCAGGGAUGGGUGCUCAACCACAAGCUUCGGGUAGUGGUACACCACUCCAACUCACUUGCACCCCUAAGAAACGGAAACAUCGAUUGGAUGCUUGGACAGAUUUGCUCUUCGCUGAAAUCCGCAACCUCAAUUUCGCCGUCGUUGGAGAUCGACUCCACCGAGCAGCCAGACGUCUCAACCAAGAUUAUGAGGGUAGACACCAAGCCAAAACUGUCUCUCAGAUCCGUGCGUUUGUUGGUAAACUUGGUGGGCUGCAGUCCGAGCAUGCUUCACUCCGGCUUCACACGGGUCUGACGGAAAGGAUCAUGAAAUGGACAGCGAGAGAAGAGUUUAACCGCAUGUUGGAAGUGCAGCAGAACUGCGUAGCGGGUAUCGAUCUGGCGAAUCAGUACGGUGCGAUUGAAGAUAUGGUCAAUGAGGAGCGAGACCUAGUUGGCGUGUUGCGGUUGCUCUGCUUGACCAGUGUAGUAGGGCUAGGUGGAGUAGGAGGAGGGAUCAAGGCCAAGAAUCUGGAGUUUGUGAAGAGGGAGAUUGUGCAAACGUAUGGAUAUGAGUAUUUGCCUUUGUUGCUGGCGCUUCAGAAGGUGGGGCUUUUGACGAAGGCUGGUCAAACACCCGCUGUUGUGGGUGGAGGAUUGGGUGGGGCGUUGAGUAGUGUUGUUGGAGGUGGAAGCAGCGCUGCGGCUGGGGCUGGAGGGAAUGAGGUGAGGGGUAACGCAGCAGAGGGGGGCAAUGGAGGAUUCGCAAGUGUUCGUAAGAGCCUUCGUCUUAUCAAUGACGAAGUUGACGAAAGAGCACCUGCGGAUAUCUCGUAUGUCUAUUCUGGUUACGCUCCUCUCUCAGUUCGUCUCGUUCAGGCAAUCGCGCAAAAGGAAGCCCUGCUAGAUCCUAAUUACGCCUCGUACGACCGCACAUCCUCUACCACUGGUGCCGGAAAACCGAGAACCCCACCACGAGCACACCCCAUUGUCGGAUGGCGUGGGUUUGAAGACGUAGUGAACCAACUUGCCGGUGCUACUUUUGACGAAGUGCAAUCUGCUUGCCUUUCCUCUACUGGCAGUAGUGGAGAAGGAGGAGUAGCCGGGCUCUCAGCGCCUUCGGACCCAGAUGCAAUUACCACAACCCUCGUAUUCUUCCUCGGUGGGGUGACAUACACCGAACUCGCAGCUUUGCGAUUCAUGAACAGCAAAACGAGAAACAGACGAUUCGUAGUGGCAACUACCAACACGAUCAAUGGGAAUAAGAUGAUUCGCCAUCUCAGCUCGGGUCUUCUCUGA